AUGAAUCCAGUAUACAUUGUUGGGGCGGCGAGGACCCCCACCGCACGUAUUCAUACCCAGCUCGACUCUGUGCCAGGCACCACACUGGGAGCUAUUGCAAUUCGUGAAGCCCUUCGUCGCUCACAAGUGCCGCUGGAUUUAUUCUCCGAGGUUUACAUGGGCCAAGUGCUUCAAGCUGGCGCUGGCCAAGCCCCCGCAAAGCAGGCUGCGAUGCAGGGAGGGUUGCCACCGGAGAUCGAGGCUACCACAGUUAACAAAGUAUGCGCUUCUGGGCUCAAGGCCAUUACCCUUGCUGCCCAUAAUAUCCAACUAGGGUACGCCGUUGCUCAGGUGGCCGGGGGAAUGGAGAGCAUGUCGAAUGUCGCCGGGUAUUUAAAGAAACCAGAAGACUCCAAUUGCAAAGAGGAUCCGGUGAUUGAUGGUCUUCGGCUCGAUGCGUUGACGAAUUCCUCAGAUGGCCGGUCUAUGGGCGCCUGUGCUGAGGGUGUCGCUCGGCAGAUGGGUAUCUCCCGUGAGGACCAGGAUAGAUAUGCACUUGCUGCCUAUGAGCGUGCAUUUAGAGCGCAGCAGAACAAUGUCUUCCAAGAAGAGAUUAUCCCCGUUUCAGUAGAUGCAGGCACGGCUGAAAGAUUUGAUACCGACAGUCUCCCUCCUGAGAGCCUCUUCAAUCGACUUGAGUCUUUGAAGCCCGCGUUUUCCCCCAAUGGCACGGUCACCGCAGGAAAUUCCAGUUCGCUAGGUGAUGGCGCUUCAGCGGUGGUUCUGGUGGACGCACAGGUAGCCAGACAGUUUUGUCGAGAGAAUCGGGUGUUGGCCAAAAUAGUAGCUUGUGCCGAUGCCUCCGUUGCCCCGCAUGAGUUUGCUCUGGCGCCAACCAAGUCGAUUCAGCUUGUCCUCGAGAGGGCCCAGAUGUGUGUUGAACAGAUCUCCCUAUGGGAAAUUAAUGAAGCGUUUGCCAUCGUAGUGAUUGCUUCACAAAAUCUACUCGGGUUGGAUCCCGAUACCGUUAAUGUCAACGGGGGAGCUAUCGCGUUUGGACAUCCCUUGGGCAGCUCAGGUUGUCGAGUUCUGGUCAGUCUCUUGCACCAGUUAACUCACGGCCAGUAUGGCGUUGCCGUUGUCUGCAAUGGUGGUGGAGGUGCCACGGCUGUGCUUAUCGAGCGAGUCCAAAGCGAAAGUCUGGAUGUCCCAGCAUAA